CUUUUACGGCGCGUAGGCUUUUUAUUCGUUUCACGUAAAUGUAAAAAAAUAAAACGAUGAUCCAUCACAGUGUACUUCGCCUAUGCAAAAACUUCAAACUUCCCUCGGUUUCACGACGAACUUUCAGCUACAAAGUUAUAAAGAGACCUGAUCCAAAAACAUUAAAAAUGCCCUCUCCAGGCACAGCUCCAAAGCUGUUGGAGAUAAUAAAAGAAAAAAUUAGAUUAAACGGACCUAUAACAGUAGCUGAAUAUAUGCACAUUGUAGCCACUAACCCUACCGAAGGUUAUUACAUGAAAAAGGAUGUAAUAGGCGAAGCAGGGGACUUCAUAACCUCUCCCGAAAUUAGCCAGUUAUUUGGCGAAAUUGUUGCGAUAUGGUUUUACGCAGAGACCCAGAAAAUGGGCCCUGGAAAACCUUUAAACAUUGUUGAACUUGGUCCAGGCAAAGGAACAUUAAUGAUAGAUUUCCUCAGGGUUUUGAAUCGACUUGGUUAUGAUUCUACAGAUCUAAGUAUUCAUUUAGUUGAAAUCUCAUCAACUAUGCAGAGUAUUCAAGCUAGUAGACUCUGUAUUUCACAUAGGGCUAUGGAUCUUGACUCUCCACACAACUAUGAGGGAGAAACAGUCAGUGGCACAAAGGUGUAUUGGUAUAAUGAUCUGAAAAAAGUUCCUUCUCAUUUCUCAUGGUAUAUUGCACAUGAAUUUUUUGAUGUCCUCCCAAUUCAUAAAUUUCAGAAAGAGGAAGAUGGAUGGCGUGAAUUGCUCAUAGAUAUAGAUAAAAAUGAAAAACUUUACUAUAGAAUAUCUGCUAAUGAAACACAGUCAGUAAAGAUGUUACUAAGGCCUCCUUUAGACUCUGGUGACAGAACUGCAAUUGAAAUUAGCCCUAGAGGUCUAGGCUUAGCCAGGCAGCUUGCUGAAAGAGUGGACCAGUAUGGUGGGAUCGCACUGAUAGCAGAUUAUGGUCAUGAAGGUGAGAAAGGAGAUACAUUUAGGGCUUUUCACAAACACAAUGUGGUUGACCCAUUACAAAAUCCUGGGGAAAGUGAUCUAACUGCCGAUGUAGACUAUGCACAACUGAGGAUUGCAGGUUCAAGUACUCCUAGUCAUGAGAACUUUGCUAUUGUAGUAGGCCCUGUCACACAGAAAGACUUUUUAGAAAGGUCACAGGCAGAAGUCCGAUUAAAAGUGCUAAUAGACCAUGCUAAAACAGAGGAAGAAAAGCAGAAAAUAUUAAGGUCAUAUCAAAUGCUUGUAGAUCCUAAGAAAAUGGGCGAAAGGUUCAAAUUCAUGGCAUUUUAUCCAUCAACUAUGGCAGAAACACUAAAUAAAUAUCCUCCAUUAGGCUUUUGCAAAUCAUAGUUACAACAGCU